AUUGUUAUUGCUGCUUCAGCCUCGCCACGUCCGCAUCCUCCUGCUUCUUGAGGGCAUUGUCGCAGCUCUUUGGCUCAGCCAAGCUCAUGACGCAGUCUGUUGCCUCCUCCUGCUGCGACAUCCCACAGCUCCCUGCUGCUGCGCCUACGCCGGGCGGCGCUCCGCCAGCAGCCGCUGCGCAGCCGCGCGCGCCGCGUGCCCGCUUCAGCAUCAGAGCUGAGGAGACCUCCAAUGCCUUGCCUUGCGAGGACGAGGACGAGGUCGCGGAUGAGUUGGUGUCUUGGCGACUGCGGCUGCAGCGACAGCGGCAGCUGCUGCCGGAGCGGCGGCGGCAGCAGCAGGUGCUGGAGGCGUACAGGUCGAGGCGGCACAUGGAGGAGCAGGCACACCUGCAGCUGCAGCAGCUGCUGCGUGAGGCAAGCACAGGGUCAGCAGGGUCAGCCGCGCAGCGGGCUGGCGCGUCAGCAGGCGCCGGCUCAGAUGACAAGGAAACGGGGCAAGAAGUGGCGCUGGCGCCGACGGAGCUGCAGCGGCUGCUGGGGCCACUGAUGCCGCCGGCUGGAACGGUGGAGGAUUGGCGCGUGCUGCUAUGCAGUUGGGAAGAGGUGGUGGCAACCGCAGCCCGGCGCAGCAGCCCCGCCGAUGGCGGCGGCAGCGGCGGCAAUGACAGCCCAGGGGGAGGGGGAGGGGGAGAUGCCGUCAGCGCCGCUGCGGAGUGGCCAGUUGGCUAAGGCACUACAAAUGAAAGAAGGGAUUACAUGUUCAAUGUGUUGGUUGCUGUUGUUGCUGUUCCUCGACGGCCGACAUAGGAGUGCGGGGGUGCUGUGUGGAUCUGGUUGGGAUUGCGUUGGACAGCAUCCUGGGAAGGCACGGUAUUGAUUGACCGGGGGUGGGCCCCGGCUGGGCCCCGGCACCUUCCCCAGGCCAAAAGGCGGGUCGUGUGGUGGGAAGCUGGUUGUUCAUGUGUGUUCAGUUGUGAUAAAGCUUCCCGGUCGGACCCAUGCCUCAGCUACACUUACGCAGCAAUACGGUAUAUAUCGGCCUUGCCAAGCUGUUGCUGAGGUGAUGCCGGCGCGCAUGACGUCCUGAGAGCUGCGCGACUGCGCGCCUGUCCUCCUCAUGUGAGGGCAAUGCCAUGGACCACGGCCCCACGCGGCCCACGCAUACGGGCGAGUCUGUCUCAAGUCUCCACGUGACCGGGGGUGGGCCCCGCUUGGCCCCUAGUACCAAUGAGGCCAAAAGAUGUCUGGGUGUGGUUGGGAUUGCAUUGGACGGCCUGGGGAGGCCGGUGCGAUAUGACAUUGUGAAUCUCGUCAGCCCGUUAUGGGAUCAGGAUGCAAGAGGGAUCAGGUGGAGUGAUCAGCAGCAAAGCGUGUAAUGCUGAUUGCAA